CCACUGAGCCUGCAGCUGCUGUACCCGAACGGCACGGACGAGCCGCCAGACUACAAGGCGCUGCGGGACCACCUGAAGAAGGAGGGACGCAUCCGAAAGGAAGAUUGCCUAGACAUAAUAAAAAAAGUUAUCGAUAUAGUAAGCAACGAGCCAAAUUUAUUAAGACUCCAAGACCCAAUAACUAUUGUCGGAGACAUACAUGGACAGUAUUACGAUUUUUUAAAGCUACUGGAAGUGGGAGGAAACCCUGAUACGACUCAGUUUCUAUUCCUAGGCGAUUAUGUCGAUAGAGGGUCCUUCAGUAUAGAAGUCCUUCUGCUCCUUUACGCCUUAAAAAUUAAUUACCCAAAUAAAAUAUGGCUAAUACGAGGAAAUCAUGAAUGUAGACAGAUGACCUCCUUCUUCAAUUUCCGAGAUGAGUGUGAAUAUAAAUAUGACAUGGUCGUUUAUUAUGCCUUUAUGGAAUCGUUUGAUACGAUUCCCUUAUCGGCUGUCAUCAAUGGGAAAUUCUUAGCAGUCCAUGGAGGGUUAUCUCCACAACUGGUACUUCUUAACCAAAUUUGUUCUUUUACGAGAUUCCAAGAACCACCUAGAUCUGGAAUUUUUUGUGACAUAUUAUGGUCUGACCCAAUUGAUGAGGAUAAGGAGGAACAUACCACUCAGACGGAGUCCUACUUCCCGAAUGACAUUCGAGGGUGUAGUUACUUCUUUGGGUACAAUGCUGCCACGACCUUUUUGGAGAAAAACGGAUUACUCUCCAUCAUUAGAGCACAUGAGGCACAGCUAGAGGGCUACAAGAUGCACCAAACGAAUUUGAAAACAGGCUUCCCCAUAGUCAUAACCAUUUUUUCAGCACCUAAUUAUUGUGACGUUUAUAACAACAAAGGAGCAGUCCUCAAAUUCGAUAGCAACACUCUCAACAUACAGCAGUUUAGUUUCUCUCCUCAUCCAUAUCAUCUCCCCAAUUUCAUGAAUCUAUUCACGUGGUCUCUUCCUUUCGUUAGUGAGAAGGUCACAGAAAUGCUUUACUGUAUUUUAAAUUCAAGCGUUAAUCAGUCUGAUGAAGCUGUUAUGGAUGUCGUUCUUCCGACAGAAGUACUCCAAAUAAUUAAUUAUAUUGAGGAAAAUAAUAUAAAAUUUGAAGAGCUGAGUCUCCGAAAUGGUGCUGGUAGUACUCCUCAUGGGGAGGGGAACUCUACCGAUGGGGGAUCCUCCUCUCAGAGGAAGGAAGCUCUUUUCAAGGAUGGCUGCUUCCAUAGCGGUGCAUCCAAAAAGGGAGGAGAAGCUUUAGGAGGGUCUCGUUCUGCCGCUGCUGGGUCUACUCAACAGAUGGAGACCCAGGGGGGGCAACCGACACACCUCCAUACCGAUGAGGCACAGGCGUCCAAGGAACGAUCCGAUGCCCUCAGGAAGAAGGUCCAAUCGGUUGGUCGUCUGAUGAGGGUCUUUAGGACGCUGCGUAAGGAAAACGAGUUGAUUGUGCAGCUCAAGGGGUGCAGCCCUGGCUACAGGAUCCCCGUGGGUCUCCUCCUCCAGGGCAAGGAGGGUCUGGAGAACGAGCUGGAGAAAUUCACCAAGGCCAAGCAGAUCGACAGCAUAAAUGAGAAGCGCCCGCCGAACGAGUAG